AACAGCCUCCCCAUCCCCGCGCCGCGCUACUCACCGCCAAAGGAUGCAGAUGGCAAGCCCAUCUUUGUCCCCGUGCAGAGCAAGAAAACUAACGGGGACAAAAAGCCCUCCACAGCAGAUUUCAUCCGCCCUCCCCGCGACGACGAGGGCAACAUCGUCACUCUCCCACUGCUCGCCGCUGCCUCCGCUGCUUCUCCCAAGAAGAAGACCAAGACCAAGACCGUCGGCGCCAAGAAGAUCGAGAAGAAGAACAACCCGCGCCACGUUUUCUUCCCCGGCUGCAUCCCCGGCUCCCAGCCCGGCCGCGUCCUCUGGCUGCAAGGCCUCGAUUACUUCGCCGCCUCCCGCGCUGACCUCAAGGCCGGCGGCAAGACAAAGGGUCAUGGCGGCAGCGGUCGUGGUCGCCCGCCGAAGCACAUCCGGCGACAGAAUGCACAGAAGGAGGAGGCGCUGGCUGAAAAGCAGUGCAAGUUUAUCGAGAAGAGUUGUCCGGGGGUGAAGUAUGGGGAGGAUGAGGAGGGGAAGGAGAGGAUGGGGAGGGAGGCGAUUGUUAGGAGGAUUAAGGAGCAGAUUAUUAAGGGGGUUCGGUAUUAG